AUGAGCGAUCAAUCAUUCAGCAAACCUCCCCCACCCGUCCAGCAUGUUUUGAUCACAUAUCCAGCACCUCACGUACUUCUUGUCACAUUUAAUCUCGCGAAGCAAAUGAAUUCAUUACCUGUCAAAGUUUCUUGGCAAUUGAGCGAGUUGUUUAAAUGGUUCGAUGAUGAACCUGAUUUACGAGUAGGAAUAGUCACCGGAGCAGGAAGGAAAGCAUUCUGUGCCGGUAUGGAUCUCAAAGAAGCACAAACAGCACUCUUCGAAAAGGACAUUCUCGAUAGACAUUAUCCUGAUGAUGGAUUUGCAGCUCUUACGAAUCGUAAGGGUAAGAAACCCAUAAUCAGUGCCGUUAACGGUCAUGCUCAUGGAGGGGGUAUGGAAAUCGCCCUGAAUUCAGACCUUGUCAUCGCUUCUGAGAACGCGACGUUCAGUCUCCCGGAUGUGAAAAGAGGAACAGCUGGUCUGCAAGGAGGUUUACCACGACUGUCGAAAUUGUUUGGCUUGCAGAGGGCUAUGUUAGUCGCAUUGACUGGGUACGUACUACAGGCGCAAGAGGCUAAAGAAUGGGGCCUUGUGUUCAAAGUCACGAAACAGGAUGAUUUGAUUGAUGAAGCUGUGAAAAUGGCUAUGUUGAUUGCGAGUAUGAGUCCUGAUAGUGUUAUUGCGAGUCGUGCGGGUGUUAGGGCUGCGUGGGAAGCGGGAACUGUGGAGGAAGCUUUGGAGGCGGUAUUGAGAAAAUAUGGCGCGGAUUUGUUUCGGGGAGAGAAUGCUGUGGAGGGAAUGAGAGCGUUUGCUGAGAAGAGAAAGCCGAUUUGGAAGGGGAGUAAGCUUUAG